UCAGUACCAUCAGUACAGUCGUCACAAUCACACAAGUUCUUUAUAACAUAUAAAAUUACGUACAAAUUUAUAUAGAAAUAAAUUUAAUAUAAUCAGCCAUGCUAAUCUUCCAAAUAUUACUAUGCCUAAUUGUGGUCUCCUGUACUGAACAUUUGUUCACAUCCGCUCAGACUCGUCAUUGCGCUGACUGUAUUCCAAUUAAAUCAUGUAAAUCAGCUCUUUACUUCGUACAUAUGAUAUAUCGCUUUAACGGCAGUACGAUAGAUGAUAAAAGACAAUUUAUGAGGAACUCCAUAUGUGGCUAUGACGCAGAUAAUAUAGCAAAGGUAUGCUGCCCAGACUUUCCCUCAGUUGGAACGCCAGUGUCUGAAGGGAUAACAGAGCAAGUAGUUACCGAAGUCUCUCCUUCUGCUGAUCCCAUCGACAGGCAUCGGAACGUGGGUCUGCUACCAAGCUCCUGCGGAGAUAUCGACGGCGCGCGCAUACUCAAUGGAGAGUUCGCUAAGCUGUACGAAUUCCCCUGGAUGGCGUUAAUCACUCAUAACACAAGUACGCACGCUCAUAACACAAGUUAUGCAAGAUCAGAGUUUGCUUGCGCAGGGACUAUUAUUAAUUCAAGAUACAUAUUAACAGCUGCGCACUGUGUUAUCAACAAAGGGAAAAAAAAGAAGCUAGCCGGAGUGCGCAUUGGGGAGUUAGAUUAUAGCACUAAAAUAGACUGUCAAGGACACGUCUUUAAUAUGACAUGUGAGACAAAAAUUCAGGAUAUCGAGGUGGAAGAAGUAAUACCCCAUGAGAAUUUUACUGGAAGCUUAACAUCUUCAGACAUUGCAUUGCUACGCCUCAGCGAACCUGUAAUUAUGUAUAAUAAUGCAGCACCAAUAUGUCUGCCAGUGUACAGUGAACUGCGCGAAAUUAACCUUGAGGGACUAAACGGGACUGUGGCUGGCUGGGGAACCACAGAGAACCCAAUCCGGACGACUUUACUAAGGAAAGUCCAAAUUCCAAUUAAAUCGGCAGAAACCUGCAGCUCUAACUACAAUAAGAACGAUAGAAACUUAUCAUUUUGCGCCGAUGGGGACUCUUGUAUUGGCGACGGUGGAGCACCAUUUAUGAUAGAGUCAGAAUUUAAUGGAUUGACACGACAAGUUCAAUACGGCAUUAUGUCUUACGGAAUGAAAUACUCAUGUCGAAAUUCUCUUGUAUAUUAUACAGAUGUGUCAAAGUAUAUGUUAUGGAUUUUGGAUCACAUUAAAGAAUAACGACCCAGACUAAUAAUACCCAAUACAAUAAAUAUUAAUAU